AUGGCGUCAACUACAUCAGAUGAGACUAUUAGCUCGCUGAAUGAUAUUUAUACGCCCCCUGAGUCUCCAGUCGCAGUUGUUCCUGCAGGUUUUGAGGUCAAAGCUGAGCAAAAUUAUGAGCAGCGUGCAAGCCGUGAAGAACAAACUCAAGGAGACAGACCCCCAGCUUCUGGCGUCACAGAGCCCUAUUGGGAACUUCUGGGACCUAGCUCAGAAGAAAUUCAUUACAUUGGACAGGAACUUCUGGAGGCCAUCUCUACUUCUGCCAGUUCAAUCCCACCUACUUUCCUUCCACCUUCUCCUCCCUCAAUCCUCAUCCCAACCAGCGAAGCUGCUUCAGUUUCUGCUGCCCCUCCCAACAGUCACCUGCAAUUUACGCAGUUUUUUCAUUUAGUGAACUUCUCCGAUAUGGCGUGGCCCAUCGGACCCAACGCGCCUCCAGGCCCUCCAGGCGGGGACAUGUUUCCCCUCUUGCAGGACUUCACCAAGGACAGCCUGAAGAACAUGGGCUUGGCCACAAUCGGUGAAAAGACUAACUUGAAUGUUCUCCACGACGGUGGUGUCGUUAAAAUCACCAAUAUCCCUUUUACUUGCACCCGCCAGGAUGUCAACGCCUUCCUUGGACGAGGAUUCAGCUCGUUCGGCACCGAGAAUGGUCCUCACAUUCAUAUCAUGAUGGAGCGUUCCACUGGCAAGACCAUGGACUGUUUCGUCGAGUUCCAAACGGAGAAAGAUGCGAAGAAGACUGUCACCUCUUUGAACCGCAACCAUGACCUUAACAAGGGCACCCGCCUUGGUAGCCGCCACGUCGAUGUGGAGCUCAGCAACCCCGCUGAGUUGAUGAAAGCUUACUUCCCACUGGCCAAGGCCAUCACCUGGGACAGCCGCACCCCCGUCAAGAACAGGAUCAAGCCUAAUUAUUCCACUGGCUUUCAGGGCUUGUUCACGGAUGAGGAACUUUUCUGUCUCCAGCGUCUCGCAGAGCAGCCUGCCCGCAGUGUCUUUGCGAACAAGAUUCCCCAGCGUGCCUUUGAAUCUUACAUCGGGACCCUCUGGAAGUUCCCGUGGCAUGCGGCCAACAUGUACACCAUCGCGCACCGCAACAAGCUCUAUGAUACCCUCAUUCUGUUGCAGACGUAUCUGCGAGAAUUCAUGGCAAAGAAGAAUACCGUUGGCCUGGAUCAUCCUCUGGUCCUGGAGCUGGCAAACGCUGGCCUUCGCUGCCCUGGCUUUAACCCCCGCCAGAAGUAUGAGAUUGCCCAGCAGAGUGGCGACGAGCACCUUAAGAGGGAGUUCAGCCGCGACUGGUGCAUGAACUUCCCAUUCGAGACCCUUACUUACCUCCCGAACUGUAACUACUUGAACUUACAGCUCCUGGCCUACGUCGCGUCGCACGGAUGUAUCGAUACCCCUGGCGGCCAAUUCGAGAAAAAGCCUAAGGGACCCCACCCUGGCACCCGUCAUGUCUGGGGCAAGUGGUACUUUCAGUGGACCAAAGCCGCUACCCGAACUGUGACCUUCGCAUCCGCUCAAUUUUAUGAGAACAGUCUGCUCGCCGGUCUCCUGGACACUGGCUAUGACAAUGUGACCAAAAACAGGAGCAUCUCAACCAUUGGGACUGCUCCCCAUUCAUCCCAGGAGGGUGACAACGACUCGGUUGCCAGUGAGGGCACCAUCGUCACCACUCCUGUCGCCCCAGCUGGGGGCAAUCCUCCAUCUACUACAUUCGAUCCAUCGACUAUGCCCAUGCCUGUGGAUGUCCCAAUGCCCACUAAUAUCCCCGAGGGAGGCAAUAUUCCUAUGGGCCCUCCAGCUCCAGUCGCCGCGGACUAUGACAUCGGCACUAAUGCUCCCAUGGCCUCUCAAUAUCCCAUGGCUUCUCAAGUUCCCAUGGGCCCUCCAGCUCCAGUGGCCGCGGACCAUGACAUCGGCACUAUUGUUCCCAUGGCCUCUCAAUAUCCCAUGGCCCCUCAAGUGCCUAUGGGCCCGAAUAUUGGCUGGGGCAAUUUGGGCGCAUACCGUCUUGCGAACCCUGCUAUGGGCAAUGAUCCAAUGCCUGGUAUGGCCCCAAUGGUCUUGAAACUUCCAGGUGGCCCUCGUAUGCCAGGCUACAUGCCACGGCCAUCUCCCAACAUGGCACGGAGCUACAGGGCCUGGCAACGUGGCGCUUCCUUGCGAAACAUCCGACACCCAUCAGAGUUCUCUCCCGACUGGACCUUCCCUGACUCUUCCACCGGGGCAUACAUGGAAGCCAGUUCCCAACCUGCCCAGCAGGAAUCCGCCCCUCGUCCCGCCUCCGACCGAACCCGUCCAUACCAACCUCCCCAUGUGCGCGCCAUGUCAUCCGAGAGUGGAGCGUCUACCGGAUACGCCAACAUGCUUUAUCGAGCUCGUUCAUUGAGCCUUGCAGAAUCGGCCUCGUCCCUCCACUCCUCUGGUGCCAGUUCCUCGGUCCCUACUUACUACACUCCUCACGCGACGGCGCAAAACGUUCGCUCAUCCUCCUUCCCCAACGUCGAGAUGCUGUCCCCCAUCUCAGAGGCUCGUGGUGAAGGCCAUCACCGGGCUGUGUCGGAGGCAGCCCCAACCACCUUGGCCGGCGUGCGCGCAAGUCGCCGCCUGGCCAGGCUGGCUAACUCGGAGCAAGAGUAA